CAGAAUUAAAUGUUUAUGUAUUCUAGGACGACAUCCCAGAAGCACCUAAACUUGGUGAAUUGAACUACGACAGUCUACCUCCAUACCUACGCAACCUGCUUUCUAGAGAAGAACCUCAAGCCAGAAAAGCUAUCGUCCCUGAUGAUGAAGAGGAUAUGCUGGAUGACAUCAUACGUCGCAUGGAGAAGAUGAUGGCCAGGCUGAAGACUGAUGACAGCUCUGAGGAGAAACCACGAGGGAUGAAACCCAGGACGUAUGGGAUGAACCUGACUGAGGACAGUGGAUAUGUGUGGAAUGACUUGACAAAACCCAGCAUCCAUUACAACGUAGAAGCUUCAGAAUCAACAGAAGAGACAAUACCCGAUGAUAGGUCAGAAGAAAAAGAUGUCAAGCAUGAAAAAGAAGACAAAGCUAGAAUUUUGAAAGAAGACGUGGAAGAAGAAAAAGAUGAUAAACAGGAACCUAAAGAAGAUUAUAAUGUCAGCAAUGAAGAGAAGGGCAGAAAAAGGCACGAACACAAUGAUGCGGAAGAUGUAAUUGAUCAAUUAAUGGGGAAUGUAAAGGAAAAAGUCAAGAAACAAGUAGAAAAACUAUUCGAAGAAUUAAAGAAAGAAAUCAGAAAACCUAAAGAAGAUGAUAGGUUAGAACCUUUCAAAGACAACGAUUCGAAGAAAACUAGUAAAGAUGAUAAAGAAAAGAAAGAUGUUAAAACAAAAGAUAGUGAUAAAACAAUUGACGAUGUUAAAGAAAAAGAAAAACAUGAAACUAAAAAUGUGUACGGAAAUACUGUAGGAGAGAAAGUGACAAAUAUAUUCAUUUUCUACUCGAACGACGACCCCGAUAAGGUUUUAAAGGAUGUUUCUAAAUUAAAAGACUCUGAAGACCUUAAUGUUGAUAUUAAACUUAACAUAAAUAAAAAUAAGGAUGAAGAUCCAAAGAAAGAUGAAUCAACUCAAGUCCCAACUGAAGCAAAGAAAGAUGCUAUCGAUUUAACUACUAAAGCCCCUGAAAAAGAUACUAGUACUACUGAAACUCCUAAAGAUAAAGAAGAAAAAUCAACAACUAUUACAGAAUCCACGACUACGGAAACCACAAAACGGCCAGAUGCAGAGACAACUAAAAAUGAACGUACAACGGAAAGCAGUAAGGUUGAGACUACUGAACGCCCGACAAAGGAAGGCAAAGAUGAUCCCGAAGACAAAAACGGGUAA